ACCAUAAUCAGGACGUUGAUCACGAACUACAAGCCUCCACCUGUCCGAGCAUUCAGACCCAAGAAUUUCCAAUCUCAAAAUAAAGGUUCCCAAAAACACGAAGAAGACGAACCUUCAGAAAUGCAGGGCGAUGAGGCCAGGGCCUUGCUAGGGUUCCCUCCCGAUUCUCGCCCUACCUUCUCUCAGGUUAAAGCAGCUUACAGAACGAAGGUAUGGGAGUCUCAUCCUGACCUUUUUCCAGCUCAAGAAAAGCCUCAUGCAGAAUCUAAGUUCAAAUUGAUUUCAGAAGCAUACUCUUGCCUGCUGUCUGGUAAUUCUCUUAUUCUAAGAAAGACCAAAGAGUUCAACAAAGUCAUGGUUUGCAAACUCCCAAAUGGACUAUAAAUGGACAAACUUGUGACUCUCAGUUUCUUGAUCUCAUAAUGUAGCAUAGUUCGCUCAAUAUGUCAAUAAAUUACAUUUUGAACUUUCGGAAUGAUGCAUUAUCUUAACCUGGCACUUUAUGCUGUUUCUGCCAAGCUGUUGAAAUGAACUUAUUUGGCUGA